CUCUAUAGCCGGGGCGGGGUGGGGACGGUUUUCAUUCCUUUUGUCAUGCUGUAUCCCAAUGCAGAAGUGAAACAACUGCGAAAGUCGAACGCAGCAUUGCCUUACUUCCGACUCCGCCAUGAUGGCCAUCUUCUUUUUCAGGAAAACUGUCAUGGCCAAAUCAAGUACCUGCGACACCGUAGCUGUGAAGACUUUUUACGGGUUGUCAAGCCAAGUUCAGUACCAUGUUUGCAGUGAUUCGUGUUUUCAUUUGAUGGCUUAAGAACGCGCUACAAGCUGUGAUGUCUAUCUAUCUAUAGUCUCACAGCGGACGUUGGGUAGCUCCGUAGGUAGCUAGCUACAU